UCUGAGUGGCAGGCGUAUGAGUUAGGCUACAUCCCGAGACCACAGCUGGUGCAUUGUGUUUCAGUGCAUUUUCUCAUGAAGAGCACGGAAGUAGCCAGUCGCUGACAUUUUAACAUCGUUAUCCAAAUAAUCUGUCAUCAAUGCAAAUUUUAGUAGAAAGGAAGUGAAAGAUAACUGAGGCAUAAAUGAAGGAUUUUACGGCGACCGGGCCAAUAAUGUCAGUGCACAUUCUCGCACUCAUCGUAUCGGGCGCCUGUAUCCAAGGCGCCUGGUCGCAAUGCCAACCCAGAGACUACGGCAAAGGCAGCGUGGUGUGCGUGUGCAACACCACGUACUGCGAUUACCUUGGGGAAGUGAGCCUGGCCCCUCAGGGACAGAUACUUGUUUUCGAGAGCAACAAGGCUGGACUCAGGUUUGCUAAGACAACCGGCAGCUUCGACUUGCAGCCAGGCUUUUCGCGCAGUGACGACGACACUGUAACCAUAGUCGUCGACACGUCCAAAACUUACCAGACAAUUUACGGUUUUGGCGGAGCCUUUACCGACGCCGCGGGCAUCAACAUCAAAUCCCUGCCGAAAGGUAUGCAGGAAGAUGUCAUCCAAUCAUACUACGCCGACAAAGGAUUGUCCUACAACAUUGGCCGAGUGCCGAUGGCAAGCUGUGAUUUCUCUGUGCGACAGUACACGUACGCGGACACACCGGGUGAUUUCGCUCUGGCGAACUUUUCUCUUGCCGAUGAAGACUUCGAGCUAAAGAUCCCGUACAUCAAACGAGCAUUAAAUGCAUCCAAGCAUGCCGUAUGGAUGUUCGCCAGCCCCUGGAGUGGCCCAGCAUGGAUGAAGACCAAUGGACAACUUAAUCAUGGCGGCUUUCUUAUCGGGCAUCCCGGUGGACCAUACUACAAGACAUGGGCAAACUACUUUGUCAGGUUCCUACAAGAAUACGAGCGCAACGGCAUCAACUUCUGGGGCUUGACGGCUGAGAACGAGCCCACGGCGGGUUUAGACCCAAACUACUCUUUCCAGAGCAUGGGGUUUACGCCCGCAAUCCAGCGCGACUUCAUCAAGUUGGACCUAGGACCGGCCUUGGAAAAAGCCGGCUACGGGCCGGACAAGAUCGCACUGAUGAUUCUAGACGACAUGCGGGUGCUCCUUCCAUUCUGGGCCAAAAUGGUACUGAACGACAAGGAUGCAGCAAAAUACGUUGCUGGCGUUGCCGUCCACUGGUACACGGACUCUGAGACAGACCCCGCCAGGCUGGACGAAACGCACAACGCAUUCCCAGACAAGUUCAUCCUCGCUACUGAAGCGUGCAUGGGCGACAAACCGUGGAUCAAGGAGAAGGUGCAGCUCGGCAGCUGGGACCGCGCAGAAAACUAUUCCCACGACAUUCUCGAGGAUCUGCAACACUGGGUGACCGGGUGGGUGGAUUGGAACCUUGCCUUAGACAAGCAGGGUGGGCCCAACUGGGUUCAGAACUUCGUCGACUCACCCAUCAUCGUGGACGCUGAAGCACGCGAGUUCUACAAGCAACCCAUGUACUACGCACUGGCGCACUUCACGAAGUUCCUACCACGUGGAAGCUUACGAGUUGCCUCUAGGCAGAAAAGCGGAGAUGGGCACGCUCUGGAGUUUGGGGCAUUCAAGACCCCCCAAGGAGCCACGGUCGCAAUUGUGCUUAAUCCCACCAACACUGAGCGCAAGGUGCAACUGAACGACGUCUCCAGAGGUAGCACGUACGAGAAGACCAUCACGCCACGUUCCAUCAACACAUUUUCCUGGAGGUAGAAGUGGACCAUACGACAACGGUCACAAGAUCAGACGGAAACGAAUUGGCAAUAAUAAAUUAAAGCUGUUUUUUACACUUAAAA